CAACUAUAACAAAUAAAAAGAUUUCGUAUUUCGUGUGUAGUCGAAUCACUCGAAUCGUGAUAUUUCGAUAUUUUUGAUAUUCGUAUCGUAUACGUGUGAAAAAUAACAGUUUAUAACAUGAAUGUAUAUAAGGUUAAGAUUUAUGAUAAAUGUAUAGAGGAUAAAACGGCCACUUUAAUGUUGUACAAAUGAGAUGAAUAUUCUACUUAUAGUGAUAUCGAUCCUUUUAUCUGUGAUAUGCGUUCUGCUAGCUUUAUUUCAACACUAUUACUUCAUCAAUAAGCUAUACAAGAGACCUUCUUUGAAGUAUGAUGUACCUGUAUUCGAUGACUUGAUACCAUCAAAAGAGAACAAAUUUGAAAACAACCUGAACUACCCCCUGCAGCAGAUAGACGAUCAUGAUUCUGAUAUUGUGUUGAAUGAUUUGAAUUCUGUAUUAGAAUCUCGACCACAGCAGAAAGACACUAUAGGAUAUAUUCUGAAAAAUGACAAGGCUACAGGAACAGAUUCAGAAGUCUACAAUACACUUCAGGCUGCUAUUGCAUUCAAGUUAUCAGGAAAAAGCCUCAAGGCUUUGAAAUUGUUUGAACAUGCUGCAGCUAUAGCUCCUGAGAAUGCUGAUGUAUUGAACAGAUAUGGGGAAUUUCUAGAACAGCAACACCAGGAUGUUUUAACUGCUGAUGAGCUUUAUUUUAAGGCCCUAACUCACUCUCCUAACCAUGAAGCUGCCCUCACAAACCGUAAACGCACAGCUCCAGUAGUUGAAGGUUUAGAUUAUAAGCUUUUCAAAGAUAUAGACAAGAGAAAUGAUUUUCUCAAGAAUAGAGUGAAAUUGGGUGGAUUUGAAACUGUCAAGAAACAGGCAUAUUAUUUACAUAUUUAUCACACUGUGGGUAUAGAGGGCAAUACAAUGACAGUAGAGCAACUGAGAUACCUUUUACAAACAGGACAAGUAGUCAGUGGAAAGAGCCUGGUGGAACACAAUGAAGUUUUGGGGAUAGAAAAGGCUAUGCAAUAUAUCAAACUUUUAGUGAGGGCAGAUUAUAUAGGCAUCAAAGAAAUAUUGGGAAUACACAGGAGGGUUAUGGGUCAUGUAGAUCCUAUUGCAUCAGGAGUUUUUAGAGAUGAAAAGGUAUUUGUUGGAAGUCAUAUACCUCCUCCUUAUGAAGACAUCCCUGAUCUUAUGGAAAACUAUGUAGAAUGGUUGAAUUCUGAAGAAGCUCAAAAUAUGCAUCCUGUGCGUUAUGCUGCACUGGCUCAUUACAAACUAGUGGAUAUCCACCCAUUUGUUGAUGGAAAUGGACGCACAAGCAGAUUGAUCAUGAAUAUGAUUCUUCUGAAAGCUGGUUAUCCCCCUGUUAUGGUACUUAAAGAACAGAGGGAGACAUAUUAUGAUUCAUUGAAGACUGCCAACAUGGGAGAUGUCAGACCUUUUGUUAGAUUUGUAGCUCAGUGUACUUUACAAAUUCUUGACAUGUACAUCUAUGGCACAAGGUUUUUGUCUCUAGAGGGAAAUUCAGAGGAAGGUAAAAAAAUCAUAACUUUUGAGUAGGUAUUUUUUUUCCAAAAUGUGAUAAGAGGGAUGUUGAAGUUGCCAUUUCAUUGCCUAUGAGAUUAUGAAGGAUGUCAUGUCAUCUAUUUUAUAUUCAUUUUGAAAUGUAUAAUUUAUAUUCACCUUCCAUGAUCUAUCUAGUAUGUUUUGUAAGUAUUCUUGUUAUUUAGUGAUUUGGCAAUAUUUAUCAUCUGUUUAUGUGAUACCUUUACAAGUGAUGGGCUGAAUUAAAUAUUUUUUUUAUCAAUCCCAUCACUAACAUUUACCAGGCUUCCCAAUUUCAGAAAGUUGAAAUUACAAAUACUACAUUCUAGAUAUCCUCAAUUGAUUUAUUUUCAGGUUUAUUUGGAUUUUUUUCAAAACUAUUUUCAAGAGAAAUAUCUGGAUGAGUCCUGUAAAAUUAUGUAGUUCUACUUAUUUAUAAUUUAUUUAUUCAAGCUGUUGAAAAUAAAUAUAUUUUUGUUGAA